AGGAUUUGGAAUGCACUGACUGAUAACUAUGGUAAUGUAAUGGCUGUGGACUGGAAGACAUCCCACACCCGUGCUUUGCACCUGCCAACAUUGAAUCUGUCAGAAAAGGCGAUGAACGAUAACCUUAACCUUGAUCUUUCUGAUGAUGAGGAGCUACGGGAUCAAUUGGACAUGCAUUCUAUUAUCGUCUCUUGUAUGAAUGAUGAGCCACUCUUCACAGCUGAACAGGUCAUCGAGGAAAUUGAGGAAAUGAUGCAAGAAUCUCCUGACCCUGAGGAAGAUGACACACCCACACAGUCUGACCGACUUUCCAUAUUAUCCCAGGAAAUCCAGACGCUCAAAAGAUCCAACACCAGCAAUAGUUAUGAAGAACGUGUGAAGCGAUUGCCCAUAGCUGAAUUAAAUGAGCUUCUGGAGGAGAUUGAGACUACAAUAAAACACUACUCGGAGGAACUGAUUCAACAGUUAGCAUUGCGUGAUGAGCUAGAGUUUGAAAAAGAGGUGAAAAACAGCUUCAUCUCGAUACUUAUUGAGGUUCAAAACAAACAGAAGGAGCACAGGGAAACAAUGAAGAAGAAAAAGAAACAAAAGAAUGGAAGCCCUCAAAACGGAAAGCCGGAGAAAAGUCACGUGCCAGGAACGGGAUCCGGCAAAGUUCUUUCAACCAAGUAUUUAACAACAGUCAUCCCUUAUGAAAAGAAGGCUGGACCCCCAUCUGUAGAAGAUCUUCAAAUCUUGACCAAAAUCCUUCAGGCAAUGAAAGAAGAUAGUGAGAGAGUGCCAAGCUUGCUGACAGAUUACAUUCUGAAAGUGCUCUGCCCAACUUAAAGCCAGCACUCUGCCAUCACACCAGAGGGGCAUGAAGAUUGCAUUCUGCUAACUCCCAUGAAGAGAAAAGCAUCUUUAUUUUCCCAUGCUUCCCAGUCUACUAAUUUUCCUUAACCUUGAGUGUUGUGCUAAACUUGCCUUUAUUUAAUCUUACUAGUCCUCGGAGAGCAGUUUUAUUGCACGGCAGUGAAGAUUUCUCUUCCACUCCUCCCCACACUCCACUUAGCCUUUGCAGUGGAUCAUGUUAGACGACUUGCCUGCAGGUUGAAGUGUUCCCACCAUGCCCCAGUGCGAACCCAGCUGGCUGUUUUUACCAGAGCAUAGAACAAAAGAACAGCUGUACAGUUUUAACCAUGAGUAUUGUAUUAGCAGUGUAAUAUCUAUUUUUACAAUGUGUAGGAUCUAGAGAAGUUAACUUUUUAUCAUCAAGGAAAGCUGUUCAUGCAACAGUGGAUGUAAAUAGGCUCAAGAAUUUUAACCAAACCCAUAAAGCAGCAAACCUGUAUAUUUAUUCCAAUUAUGCUAAUUUUCAAGAAGGGAACAAAUAGUUUAACUGCACUACUGAGGCAUCCUGUCACAGCACGGCUCCUUUAAUACAGUGCUCACUAAUAGCUCUUCUUUUGGGGUUUGAAAUGAGUGCAAGGUUUGAAAAUGUGAACAGCAACCUAAGUUGCAGCUGAGUGUAAAACUGCGAACAAAUGGAAAUCUGUAAAUUUGUGUGAUCUGCUUCUGGGCGUCCUCCCAUAGAAGGGAUUUGAGACACAUAUUGGUAAUAACAGAGGAGCUCAUCUGCCAGCAAAUGUUUUUUUUCUACCACACAACUCUAUUUAGAUUGAGAAAUGCAAAUACUUAGUAAAGAGUUAGUUGUAUUGGUUCCACAAGAUCAUUUGACCUGGUCGUCCCUCUCUCCUCCUCCUUUAAAAUUCCCUUUUUUUUUGGCUUUUUUUUUUAAAAUAUAUUUUCAUAGCAAUGUGACUUUAAGAUAGGUAUUGGACUCCAUUAUUUUUGUUGUAUCUGGGGAAAAAUACAUUUUGGAAAUUAAUUUUUAUUUGAGGAGAGUAUUAAACAUUGAAUGAAAGCUGGGGUAGACCAACAAAAGCAGGGAAAUUGAUUCUUAAGUAACACUUAAGUAUUAAUUGGCUGCAUCAUUUUUUUGUUUACAACAAGAAAAAGUAGCAAGUUUGAUUUGUGCAUUGUGCCAGGUAUAUCAGGAUACUACACAACCCAAACUGGGCCCAGCACGCAGGCUUCUGUUUGAUGGAUCGUACUGUCGAAUGUUUUGUAUUCAUCUUGUGUCUAGGUUCUUCAUUAGCAGUCUAGUUAAAUUAUAUAUUUCUUAAUGGUAGAAAAUAAGAUAUUAUUGUGUGUGUGCUUAGUCAUAUGUAAAUUAAAGGCUGCAUGCUAACCAUGUAAACUGUGUAUGUACUGUGGUUUCAGUUAAGAUACAAUAGGAAUUAUUUUAAAGUGCUGUUUUAUCUGCCCUUUUCUCAUUUGUCCCUCCUUUCUUUGCCUUUGCCAAUAUUAUCGACAAAAACCCUAAAUAUGACUCCGAAUCAGUACACAUGAUAUUGAACUGUAGUGCAUGCAGCAAUUUUGAGGUGAAAGUCCAGUUUUGAUGCAAUUGAUUGCAAGUUUGGAUGAUGGCUCCAGUAAAGUGGCUGCUCUCUGGGAAGCCGAAUCUUGUGUUUGUAUUGUACCAUCACAUGAGAUUUACAGAAUGGAGGAAAGUGGACAUACACAUGGUACACAGGUUAAACGAAGGUAAUGCCGCAUUAUUAGAGCUACAUGAACAAAAAACCAUGUUGAAGUCUAUCACCUUUUAACAGUACUCGCAGGGUCUGUUGAACCAAGCAUGCCUGUGUAUACACAUGCUGUAAUAAUCCAGUAAUUUAGGAUGGUUUUCUUUUUAAUUGUGAAAUAACUGACCUUGUAGCAAUAGUGUUGAUUUUAAUGUAGAAUAUUGAUAUUUUUGUGUCAGUAAUCUUAAUUUAUUAUUUCUGUAAUUUUUGGCAGCUUGUAAAGUUUGUGGCAGUAAUUUUAUUUCAUAAUGCAACCUUUUGAGAGCAAAUAAACUUGAUUUACACAUUUUA